AGAGAGAAUCCCAGCACUGCCUCCCGUUCCUGUACCAGAGAAGCCUGGUGCAGUGUGUUUGUUUCUUUACAUGCCUUGUGGGAAGGACAGGUGAAGAUCCAGGAUGGAGGUUUAUAUCGUGGGGAUCUGCAUCGCAGUAUGUGGAAACUUUCUCAUCAGCAUCUCCUUGAAUAUCCAGAAAUACACGCAUGUGCGGCAGUCGCAGCGAGGGACGAAGCCGUACUACACCAGCCGUCUGUGGUGGUGCGGGAUCCUGCUGAUGGGUUUGGGGGAGCUGGGGAACUUCGCUGCGUAUGGAUUCGCUCCGGCGUCACUCAUCGCUCCUCUCGGCUGUGUGUCUGUCAUCGUAAGUGCCGUCAUUUCUGUGGUGUUCCUCAAGGAAACGUUACGGGCUUCAGAUAUCCUCGGAGGUGCUUUAGCGAUGACCGGAACCUACUUUCUGGUGACAUUCGCCCCUCAUUCAUCGCCUCACGUCACGGCCAACAUGGUGGAGCGCUCGCUGGUCAGCUGGACCUUCCUGAUUUACUUCAUGUUUGAACUGAUUCUCUUCGCUAUCCUGAUGUAUUUGUAUAAGUGCAGGAACGUGAAACACAUCGUGAUCAUGAUGAUCUUGGUGGCGUUACUCGCUUCGGUGACGGUGAUCUCGGUGAAAGCGGUUUCAGGAAUGAUCACAGAGACGAUCCGUGGAAGUCACCUGCAGCUCACCUAUCCCAUCUUCUAG